UUCUAGAAUAUUUCAAUCACUAUCGAAAUUUUCAAAUAAAUCAAAUUAUCUUAAAUCUACUGUCAUGGACGGUGAUUACUUCAUUCGAUGAUUUACAUACAAAAUUAUUGGAACCUUUCCUUGAUGUUUUCACACACCGGUAUUUACUAAGCGAUCAAUUAGAUAUGAUUGAUUGUCUAUCGAAUUUAGUUGUCAAUUUUGUAACAACUUGUGCAUAUCCUGAACUAACGGAAUUAAAGCAACCGUUUCCAUUACCGGAGGACCUUCAACAAGAAGACUAUAUGGAAAUUUUCAGAAAACUUUGUUUAUGGAUCAAUGAUUUUUCAUUAAUAGCAAUGAAAUUAGAUAAAGAUGGUUUACUAGGUUCUAUAUUAAAUUUACAUCACACGUUAUAUGAUUUACAAAGUCAUUUGGAAUCUUUUGUGAUAUGUGCACCACCACCCUGUGUUGUAUACGCAUGUUUGGGUGGUAUGCCCUUUCAUCAUGUCAAUUCAUGUUGUAAACUUUUGUUACGAUAUGUAGAAAUUUGUGAAAAUACACCCGAUGCAAAAGAGGUAUUCGAAGUAAUCAAAAAAUACAUAACAACUUUUUUGAAGAUAUUUAAUGGCAGAAGCGUGGAAAUUUCAUCAGAUACAGGACAAUAUUUAGUGAAAGUGAUGUCAGCUGCAGAACUGCCAUUUUAAUCGCGCCUGUCACACAGUUCCUAAGGGCGGAAUUUUAAUUGAAAUGUAUAAAUAUUGUAAAUAUGUAUGCAAUGUAUUUUAAAC